CUACGUACAUUGAGGCCUGCGCGUGCGCAUACAGGAGUGUCGGAGUUCAGCGCAGUCUAUAGUCAGUGGUCAGCGGUGAUAGUUGAAACGAAUCAGUAGGAGGAUUUUAUAGAUUACCAAUAUGGCGCCUACGGUGGAAGAGUUUUAUCGCGGGAAGUCGAUCUUCCUCACUGGAGGAACUGGCUUCGUUGGCAAGGCGUUAAUCGAGAAGCUUCUCCGGAGCCUGCCAGACCUCAAGGCACUGUACUUGCUGAUGAGGCAGAAGAAAGGACUCUCAGCAGAGGAGAGGCUCAAGGAUCUCUGCAGCAAGCAGGUCUUCGACAUGCUGCGAGAGAAGAACCCAGAAGGCUUUAAGAAGCUUAGAAUAAUAAACGGAGACAUCACAGAAGAAGGUCUCGGUAUCUCAGAAGACGAUAAGAAACUACUGAGAGAAGAGUGUAACAUUAUAUUCCAUAGUGCAGCUUGUGUCAGAUUUGACCAGAAGCUGAAGGAUGCAGUCAACAUGAACACAUCUGGGACUCUGAGAAUGUUGACCCUCGCUGAGAGUAUGAAAAACUUGGAGGUGUUCGUGCACCUCUCGACAGCAUACUGCCGCUGUGAUCUGGAGGUCUUGGAGGAGCGGGUAUACCGAGCAGUACACCCUCCGCGCAAGAUCAUGGACCUGGUGCAGUGGAUGGAUGAUCCUACCCUGGAGUUUUUGGAGCCUAAGCUCAUAUCUUCAGAACCGAACACAUACUCGUACACGAAGGCUAUCACGGAGGAUCUGGUGGAUGAGUACAGCGGGAAGUUCCCUGUCGCCAUCGCUAGGCCUUCUAUAGUAACUGCAGUUUGGAAGGAGCCAAUACCAGGCUGGGUGGACAACCUGAACGGACCCACGGGAUUAGUUAUAGGCAGUGGUAAAGGAGUUAUCCGAACGAUGCAUUGUGAGCCAUCAUACAAAGCUGAUGCUAUUUCAGUUGAUGUGGUCGCCAACGCUUGCAUCCUCAUUGGCUACGUCACUGCACUUGAUAAACCCAAAGAAACCCAGGUGUAUAACUUAACUUUGUCUGGGGUCAUCAAUUUGACGUGGGCAGAAAUUAUUCAAUUAGGAGAGAAAUGGGUGAACGAGUUCCCGUACUCAGUAGCUCUCUGGUACCCUGGGGGCUCCAUCAAGUCGUACCGGCUGGCGCAUCAGCUCGACGUCUUCCUCAGUCACGUGGUGCCGGCUUACCUGGUGGACGCACUGCUGUUCUUGUUGGGGAAGAAGACUUUUAUGAUAAACCUCCAAAAACGAAUCAGCCAUGGUCUCAACGUGCUCCAAUAUUACACGACCAAAGAAUGGCACUUCAGGAACGACAAUUACAAGAGUCUUCGCACUCGGAUCACGUCACAAGAAAACGACACAUUCUACACGGAUCCUUCGCAGUUGGAUCCUGAUGAGUAUUUGAAGAAUUACGUGCUGGGGACCAGACAGUUUUGUUGUAAAGAGGAUCCUGCUAAUCUGCCGAGGGCUAGGAAGUUGCAUAAGAUCCGCUACAUAGCCGACCGCUUCAUAAAAGCUCUCUUCAUAAUCCUGGUACUCUGGACGCUCUACAGUCACAGCCAGACCUUCACCUCCUCAGUGGAACUGCUGGACUCCACCCUGAAGAGUAUACCACCCAUCAGUACUGCUGCUCAGGAGGCAUAUGAUAUACAACCUUAGUGUUAUGUGAUUAGAGUUCAUUUUCUGUUAAAGGAUAGAUGGUGAAGAAUGCGCAGCCCAUUUUAGACUUUGUUGGUAUUGAAAUAGUAUUUAAAUUCAAUUAACUGUCGCCUGAAGGUAGCUUCAAUGAAGAUUUCCAAAGGAAAAUUGCAUUUUUGGUACUGCACUGUACAGAAUUGUCAACUGCACCAAAAAACGGUCAGGGGCCCGAUUCUGCUAAGUUAAUCAUGUCAAAAUUGAAUCGCAAUAGCAGUUUUAACCUUAGAGGGCAACCUGCUCUAAUAUAAGACAUUCGAUUGGAUUGCGACUGAUCUGCCAUUUGGCCUAUUCGGUACUUUGCUCUAAAAUCAUAUUUCAAUCGUAAAUAAUUUGUAGAUACCUAUGAUUCAUCAUGAUCAUGAUUCAUUAUGAUCAUUACUGAAUCACAGGAACGGAUAAAAACGUUUAUUUGAAAGAAAAAUAAAUAGCUGAAUGCCACAUACGCUUCAGUCGUAAUUGAGUCGGGAUUGGAUCUCAGUCGAAUGUGAAUCGUAUGUCGCUUAAGUAAAAUAGCAGAAUCGUGCUCCUGGCCUUAAUUGAUUUUGGUUUUUAUUACAAUGAGGAUAGAUAAACCUACAGGUUUAUAUAGCAAAAUGUGGAAACUUAUGUUCGUGUUGUUUUUUUGUGAAUUUGUCACUCAAAAAGUUUUGUAUUUUCGUGUGAUUCAUUCGUUAUGUUUUAUUUAAUAUUUUUAUAAAUAAUAGGUACUAAUAGUUAUUUGUAAAAAUAACGCAUAGUGUGUAAGGUAUAUUGCUCAAUUCAUAAUCAUAUUUUUUUGUAAAAAAAAACUACUUGAACCACAGAUAAACGAUAGAAUUUUACAAUAA